AGUCGGAACCAAAAACACCAAAAGGAUGCGGUUCUUUAUGGUUUUAGGUGCUUUCAUUGUCAUAACCUUAAUCAACGCUUCUUUCUCGGCGCAGGAAAGCAAAUAUGUGCAUUCCGCUGGAGGGUUUCCGAUGCGCCAUAAAAUCGAGAAAAAUGUUUUUAGCAAAAUCCCGAGCAGGAGACGCAGCGAAAAUCAUGGCAGCAACAUCGGAAAUUAUCCACUCACUGAAAGAAGCAAUAAACUGGAGAAGAAAAAUCUCAGUGUGGUGCAUAGCAGUAUUCAAGCCUUUUCGGCUUAUUCCAAUCCACUUCUAAAGACGGCUGAAAACGAAGAUAUCAAGACAAUAAAACCGAGCCAAUUUAUUAAAAACAGAAGUAAAUCCAGGAAGAAGGCACACCCUCGAAAAAAGUCCCACAAACCCGUACCCGUUGUAAGCCCUGUUAAGGGCAUUAGCAGUGUAAAAACAUUACGUGCUGCCCCGUUAUUACCUGAUCGUCCAGUACUCACAAUGAAAAUCUAUGAACCAGGCCAUCUAAACAAAGAGAUUGAUAUAAAGAGGAUAUGUAAACACAGGGGGAAAUACUUAAAGCUGCUCAUUCUGAUCACCUCAGAACACUCUCACUUUAUGGCGAGAAUGUCUAUCAGACACACCUGGAUGCACUAUGGAAGCAGGCGAGAUGUCGGCAUGGCCUUUGUGCUUGGCCGUACCACGAAUGCGUCCCUGAACGAGUCUGUUAACAAGGAGAACUAUAUUUAUGGUGAUAUGAUACGUGGACACUUCAUGGACUCUUACAAUAAUCUCACUCUGAAGACGAUCUCUUUAUUAGAAUGGACGGAUACGCACUGUCAUCGUGUGAAGUACAUCCUUAAGACAGAUGACGACAUGUUCAUUAAUGUCCUUAAACUGCUCGACUUCAUAGAUGGAAAAAAGAUAGCUCGAAGCAUCUACGGGCGCUUGGCCAGGAAGUUCAAGCCAAUUCGAAGUGAGAAAUCUAAAAGUUUUGUGUCUCGCCAACAAUUUGGGGGCACCGUUUAUCCACCAUUUACCACCGGACCCGCCUACCUCCUCACUGGCGACAUUGUCCAUGAGCUAUACGUGCAAUCGCUCAAUACGUAUUAUAUGCCACUAGAAGAUGUCUUCAUCACGGGAAUUGUGGCCAAGAGGUUGAAGAUCAAGAGGGUGGAUGCCAACGAAUUUCGCAACAGCCGAAUCUCGUUCCUUCCGUGCAACAUACGCAAUGCGAUCAGCGUACACAAGAUCAAGCCAAUUGAACAGUACUAUCUUUGGAGGAACCUCAUGGACUCGACUAAAAAGUGUGAAUAAUUUCCUUCGAACAAGGACGAAAUCUAUGUAAAAGAUAAUCAUUAACUAAAGCCCGAUACAGAAAUAGAACUACAUUGUAUGUGAUGUUUAUCUUAGGUGUUGAGAAUAUACAUAUAUGUAAAAAGUAAAAUUAAAUUACCAAUAUUUAUUUUA